GCGGCCAUAUGGAGCCGGACGGAGUACCAGAGCAAGUUGGUUGCCCCGUGGAUCCGGCUGUCUCAACAGCCUUCGCAUCCCAAGCAUACGGUGCUGCUGGAUUACUUGUCCAACUUCCAGCUCUAUGCCGUGUUCAAGGCGCUCCGCAACCGCGACUUCGUCGUCUCCAUCGCCUCGGCCGUCGCCAUCAUCAUUAAGGUCAUGAUCGUCAUCUCGACUGGUCUCAUCACUCUCUCGUGGAUGCUGGUCGACCACGCUUCGUUUCCCAUGACGGUGCAAGACCACUUCGUGGACAACGGUGCCCGUCUGGGCAACUCUGGGAACCUUGCCUACUACAUCAUGCAGGGGCUGAUGGAUCGAAACCUUUCAUACCCGGACGGCAUGUCUGAAACCUUUGCCUUCCAGUCUGUUCAAGCCGACCUCCCCGACACCGCCGAGACGCGCGUUGUCGUCGACGGUUUCGGAAACUCGCUUGACUGCCGGCCUGCCGACGUGGUCCUGAGGGGUUCGAGGCCCGGAGACCCGCAUACUUUCGCAGAAUCGACCAUGAAUUUAACUAUCAAAUCGCCAGAGUGCAAGGUACAAGACUUGAGAAUAUACCCCGGCCCAGGGGCUGCCUGCUUCCGCGAUGACCCCGACCGUUGUACCUUUUUGUUUGGGCGCUUCCAUCCGAUUCAGUGUGAUGGGACGUCAGGCGACUCGGGCAGGCGGGUGCUCGUCAUGUUUGGGAAUAUGACUUAUGUCGUAGACCGCUCGACGGUCGAGAAGGACUACACUGGCCAGCUGCGCAAACAUCCAAUUCUGGCUACGCUCAACCGAUCGGCUCAGAUGCUGUGCGUGCCGACUUACGCUAUCACGCGGGUCGAGGUUGUCCGCAACGGCACCCACACCAGCAGUGUAACCCGCUCGCCGGGCGCGGGCAACCGGACACUCGAUUCGGUCACUGGCUGGCAUAUGAUGGAUGCUCACUAUGCAGCCUUUGCCGGCAUCGGGUCAACCGCGUCUGCCUACCCACGGAGUGUCAACAUCUCAGGAACAGUCGUGGACGUGGACCCAUACCUACAGAUUGCGCUCCCGAGACAAUUUGAAACUGGCGAGCAGCUACCCUCCCUCCUAGACCCCGAGCCGCUCCGGGAGCUCGCCACCCGCUAUUACCAGCAGUUCGGUGCGAUUAUUGCCAAGCAGGCCUUGGUAGAGCCCGCAUCUGUCGAGACACAUGGUUCUGUGGUGUUGUUCGGAAACAGACUGGUGAUGCGCACUUGGGCCGCGCAGUGGAUGGCCGGCUUGGCGAUUUGUUGUUCCGUUCUAGCCACGAUCGGGGCGUUCCUCGUCCCAAGACGCGGCAUUCUGCCCCACAGUCCGACGACACUGCCGGGCAUGGCGUCGCUCGUUGCGGAAAGCCACGACCUCCUGGCGAGCCUACGAUAUUCGGGUGCGGCCAAUGCUCCAAGUCUCGCGCGUCCGUUGGCCGCGCUGAGGUUCCAGUCGGGAACUGUGACUGACCCAGCGUCGAACAAACCACGGUUCGCCAUCCUGAGCGCACACGAACUCCUUGAUAGGUCGUCGACGGCGUUCCCGCAGAUCAGCUCCAAGCACACGCAUCCCGGCGUUCUUCACCCUAUCUCGCGCUGCGCAUUAUGCCUGGUUCUAGCGGGGCUGAUCAUCUCUCUGGAGCUGACGUUACGGAAGUCCAACAAGGAAGAUGGCCUCGGCGACGUAGGCGACGAUACCUACAUUCACUACGCGUGGACUGCGCUGCCGGCUUUCGUCUUUGGUGUUCUGGCGAUGACCAUCUCGUCCAUGGACUUCCAGGUCAGGUCCCUCGCGCCCUACACCGCGCUCAAGCACACGAUAGACGCCAAGACCUUUAUGACCAUCGACUUCAUGGACAUGUCCAUUCCCCGGACGAUGUUCAACGAGAUCAAGUUCGUCAACAUUGGGGCCCUCGCAGCCACCACGGCGUUUCUCGUUUCGUCCUUAUUUGCCAUCGUCUCAUCGUCCCUGUUUCAGCUUGUCGCCGUUCCCACUGUACUUCCGGCCACGCUCCACGCCAACAUGUCCUUUGCGCUUACCCCCUACGGCAACAAGGAGGCCGCCUCCAUCGCAUCGCUAAUUCUUGAGAGCAACCUCUCCUACCCGAGAUUCACCUACGGCGAUCUCGCGUUUCCGCAGCUGGUGCCGUCGGUCUCUAUAGACCCCGACCACAUCGUCAACACGUCCUCCAUCUCCAUCAAUGCGGAGAUCCCUGCGGUUCGUGCCAAGAUGACAUGCCGCAUCUACGACGCUUCCAAGAUCCAGACCAACCUCACCCUCAACUACACGAUUCAAUACACGUCUUACCAGAAUCCACUUGGCAUCUACAUCGAGGGCGAAGAAUGCAACCGCUUUCCAAAAAAUGAGUACAGCAAAUACAACAACAUCCUCCCUACCUACCCUAACAUGACCUACUUCGGCCUCGGCGACCAGACCUCGAACAUCAGCGCCGUCCAAGGCUGCAGCGACCUGCUCUACACCUGGGGCAAGCUAGACUUCACGGCCACGCCCAUCGUACAGCACAUCGCCUCGGUCGGCUGCAACCAGACCGCCGAGACUGUCUUGGUUAACACCACCUUCGUCGGCACGGCGCUCGACAUCGACUCGCGCAACUUCCCGCAGCCCCUCGAACACACCGCCGGCCCCAGCACCCUCCGCCUUUCGUCCUCCCUAAUUUACUCCUACCUAGCGAGCAUCAACACCGCCCCGCAGAUCCUCGACCCCUUCUUCCAGAUGCUGACCUCCUCGCCGUGGGCGAUCCCGCUGUCUUCCCUCGGCGACCCGACCGCUCUACAGGCCAUCACGGACUCCAUCAAGCAGCACCACGGCCUCAUCGCCGCUCAGACCUUUGCCCAACAAUUAGUUCCCGCCAACUCGUCCAACGCUACGCUGCCGGCAUCUAUCCUGAAAGCGAACCCGAACGCAACCGACGACGGGGUCACGUACACCGGCACAGCUACCACCAAUACAGCAGACGGAGAGGGCAAGCGCCGU